AUGCAUUUGAAUUUGCCUUGGAAAAAAUCUCGGUCGAAACUAGGAAAUUCCGCAAAAGAGACAAAAAAAGAGGACAAAAAACAGAAUGUCGGACCCUCUGCGGCACCUACAGCACCAGCAACACCAGCAGGAUCUCCGCCAAAGGUCGUGGAUGUCACAGAGAAUUCUAAAUCCAUUGAUCUCUGGGCCCGAGCCGAGCAGGAUCUCAAGAAAGACAAGAAUUUGAACGACAUUCUCGAAGAAGCGGUCAAGAUUCUCGAACGCUCUGGCCUCCAAGUAGACGGGAGCAAAGCCGAUGGCCAUAAGCAGUUUGGUACGUUCCUCAGUGGCAUGGAAGAUCAGCUCGAAGAGAAGAAAUGGAUCUUGAGUGAACGCGAUCAGUCUAUCCAGAAAAAAGCCACCAGAGUCUUUCGAAAUGUUCUCCAGUUCAAAGAGCUUGUCAACUCUGCGACAUCAGGAUCCCCUCCCGUUGCAAUUGCUUGUGCCGCGGUAUCACUAGGCCUUCUGCUUUACAUCCAAGGCGUCGAACAGCAAGAGAGUCUUCUCAAAGGACUUGACAAAACAUCUGCUUUGAUUCCUCGUAUGACUUUGAUGGAACGACUCUACAUGCGUCCAGACAUCAAGCCUUCUGAUGACUUUGCCGCAAAAUUCGAGACCACCCUAACGUCUUUAUUCAAAAAGGCUCUGGAAUUCCUCGCGCGAGCCCUUUGCCAUCUUCAAAAACACUCUUUUGUUCAAAUGUCCAGAGAGGUUUUCAAACAAGACCCUUGGGAUUUGCUUAUCCAAGACAUGGACAAGCUCGAAACAGAAGCUGAGAAGUCCACCCAUCUGCUCGACGCGUACAAACAGGCCUUGGAAAGUGAAGAGCAAAAGCAGCAGAAAAAUGCCCGCCAAGUCUGGAAAAUGACAUCGGAGCGAGAUGCAAGGAUGAACAAAAACUUCCAGCUCCUUUACACCAGCUUAUAUCGAGAACAAAAAGAUCGAAACAAGCGUCGCGUACCCGGGACAUGUGAAUGGUUCAUCAAUCACAGCCAAUUCCGCAAUUGGAACGAGAACCAGGGAUCCGGGUUUUUAUUGGUUUCUGCCGAUCCAGGAUGUGGUAAAUCCGUUUUAUCUCGAUGCCUUAUUGAUGAAGUUCUUCAAAAGCCUGCUGCCAAGAGAACAGUGUGUUACUUUUUCUUCAAAGACGACUCUUUGGAACAGAAGAGCUCCGCGAAUGCGAUCUCGUGUAUUCUACGGCAAUUAUUGAUGGCACAAUCUCAGCUCUUCACAGAUUCAAUUCUGACAAAGUUCGAGAGAGACGGCGAUGGUCUGGUUAAGUCAUUCAGUGACCUCUGGGGGAUUUUUAUGGAAGUCACCAAGCAAGCCGGCGAAGUUGUUUGCGUUUUCGAUGCAUUGGACGAGUGCAAAGAUGAAGACCAAACCAACCUUAUAGAGGCCGUAACUGAUCUAUACGCACGUGAAGAUGACACGCGCAAUCUUAAAAUUCUCAUGACCAGUCGUCCCUACUCCCAUAUCCGCAGCAAGUUCCGAGAGCUCGAAGACCAACUCCCAACAAUUCAUCUGAGCGGCGAGCGUGAGGAAGAAGUGGAAAAGAUAUCCAAGGAAAUCGACCUUGUGAUCAAAAGUCGGAUUGAAAAGAUAGCGAAGAACAAGCGCCUCACGUCUGAAGAGCGCGGCUUCCUCGAGGCAAAAAUGACAACAGUUCAGAAUCGAACAUAUCUCUGGGUUGCUUUGAUACUCGAAUUUCUCGAGAGAGAACCUGGUUUCACGAGAGGAAAAGUUAUCCGGACUGUGGGUGAGGAAAUGCCCCAAUCUGUGGAUGGAGCAUACGACAAGAUCCUGCAUCAAAGCUCAAAUCCUGCAAAAGGGAAACGCCUACUCCAUGUCGUUGUUGCCGCAAUGCGACCCCUAUCAUUGGAGGAGUUGUCACUCGCCAUGGCAAUACGGAAACCGAGGCAGUCCGUUGACGAGGUCACGGACGACCUGGAACCGGCCGAUCGAUUUAAAGAGACGAUGCGAGAUUUGUGUGGUCUCAUUUUGACAGUUGUCGAUGAAAAGGUCUACUUACUCCACCAAACCGUGAAGGAAUUUUUAGUCCUUGGCAAGUCGUCGAUUUGCGGGACUAUAGCACCGAAAUCUUGGAAAUAUUGUCUUCUGCCGGAAGAUUCGCACAGGCUGCUCGCUGAAAUAUGCAUGUGGUAUAUCCACGGAGCUUUCUCCUCGAAGAGCCAUGCCCUCCAGGGGUUAAUGGUCUACGCUGGUAAUUACUGGCAAGACCAUCUACGCCAAUGCUGUCCGCAUGAGGACGAUGACCUCGUCUCACUCGCCAUCCAACUUUGCGAGCCUGGCUCGGAGAAAAUCACUCCAUGGCGAGCUGAACGCAUGCAGGAGCCAUCCAUAGACGAUAUGGAACCGUUACUCCACCUGGCCUGUACAUUUGGUCUUGACGCAGUUGUAACAAGGCUGCUUGACCGUCCAGGGAUCGAUGUCAAUUCCAGAAACCUAGAUGGUCAGACACCGCUUAUCUGUGCAACGAGGUACAACCAUUCCGCUGUGGUGAAACAGCUCAUUGACACCGGGGAAGUGGAUGUGAACAUAGAAGACGACGUGGGCAACAUUGCGCUUUUACUUGCUGCAAGGGAAGGCUAUCAUGAGAUCGUCAAGACUUUUCUUGAUGCUCAGCAGACUAACCUGAGCUUACUGGAUUCUGGCGGCAAUUCGGCACUUUCACUUGCUGCACUCUAUGGCCAUGAAGAGACUGUCAGAAUUCUUCUACAGAGUGGACAAAUGGAUGUGAAUUUGCGGAACAACAUUGACCAAUCGCCGAUUAUGUACGCCGCAAAGCGUGGUGAGGCAGGUGUUGUCAAGAUUCUCCUCAACUCUGGAAAAGUCGACUUGAGCUUGUUGGACAAAGGCGGCAAUUCGGCAUUUUCCAUUGCUGCAGAGUAUGGCAAUGCGGAUACAGUGAGGUUGCUCCUGGGAACAGGAAAAAUGGAUGUGAACUUGCAGAACAGUGACGUGGACCUGAGCUUUGUAAACAUUUACGGCUAUUCGGCACUUGCAAUUGCUACAACAAGCUUCAAUGCGGAUACUGUUAAAUUCCUCCUUGAAUCUGGGCAAAUAGAUGUGAACUCGCACGGUGAUGAUAAUAGAACCCCACUGUUCAUGGCGGCCAUGAGUGGCACUGGAGAGUGUUUGAAACUGCUCCUAGAUACUCAGCAGGCGGAUCUGAGUGUAUUGGAUGAUGGGGGUGAUUCGGUCCUUUCACAAGCUGCGAGCCGUGGCAAGGAAGAGGCAGUGAAGAUGCUUCUCGAAACAGGGCAGGUAGACAUGAGUUUGCAGAAUAAAGAGGGUCACAGCGCGCACUUUUUCUGGCUGCAGAAAACUCCACGAAGGUGUUUUGAAGAUCCUUCUUGA